AUGGCGGAAGCUGCUCAGAACGUUCCAACCUUCAAGCUCGUCCUGGUCGGCGAUGGCGGUACUGGAAAGACCACCUUUGUCAAGCGCCACCUGACGGGGGAGUUCGAAAAGAAAUAUAUCGCCACCCUUGGUGUCGAAGUCCAUCCUCUAGGAUUCUCAACCAACCUUGGGCCAAUCCAAUUCGAUGUGUGGGACACCGCAGGUCAAGAGAAGUUUGGCGGUCUUCGUGAUGGUUACUACAUCAACGGCCAGUGCGGUAUCAUCAUGUUUGAUGUCACUUCAAGAAUCACAUACAAGAACGUUCCCAACUGGCACCGUGAUCUUGUGCGCGUCUGCGAAAAUAUCCCCAUUGUCCUCUGCGGAAACAAAGUCGACGUGAAGGAGCGCAAAGUCAAGGCCAAAACCAUCACAUUCCACCGCAAGAAGAACCUUCAAUAUUACGAUAUUUCCGCCAAAUCCAACUACAACUUCGAGAAACCCUUCCUCUGGCUGGCCCGGAAAUUGGUCGGCAACUCUCAACUCGAGUUCGUGGCUGCCCCGGCUCUUGCUCCACCCGAGGUUCAGAUCGACCAGGCACAACUCGACCAAUAUCACAAGGAGAUGACAGAGGCUGCGGCAAUGCCUCUGCCAGACGAGGAAGACCCUGAUUUGUAA